AUGACACCCCUCAGUGAAAUUACGUAUUCACAUGAUGCCACGGUGUCGGCCGUGCGUGACUACUACACAUUUCUAACGAAAAUGUAUCUUGACGACCACCUCAUCAAGGAACCGCCUGAAGGUGGCUGGAUAUCCAUUACAGCUGAAAGCAUGCGAGGCCUCGGAAAGACGGACCAAGUUAUCUCACUGCUUCGCCAUCUCCCUUACAUCGACUCUCCUGGCUAUGAUGAUGGCCCUGACGCACUUCCCCACUGUACGUUUGCCGACUGGCAUGGUCGAGCAGAGGAAGACAGUUUCCUACUUGGUACUGACGCUGCGGAACACGCAAGAAUGUCUUCUGAGGGCGCUAGCAUCUAUGAAGACGUGCCUCCUCACGUUGUUGGUCUUACCUGGGACUCUGAAGAGCGUUACCGUUUCUUGCUUGACACGAAACUUGGUGUUAUAUACUGGGUUGAUUGCGACUAUGAUGUGAGGCAUCGUUCAGGCCGAGAACCUGUCAGAGACGAUGCUUACGACUACGCUCCUGAAAAUGAGGCUGAUGCCUUCCGUGGCGAUGCUGGUACAUGGGCUAUUGUGGAUUUUUUUGAAGUCCUGAAGGAGCAGUACCAGACACUGAGUUUUCUUCCGCGGAGCUCUACGAGGGUAUGCAAUGUAAAGGCGGGGGAGCACCCAGAUGAUGCAGGCAGGAAUGACCUAAUAGCUGGUAUAUAUCGCCAGCACGGAUGGCCUAAUAUGCAGCUCUUCCGGAAAGACGAUUGCCUAGAGGCUAUUCGUAACGCGUUGGUGGAGCAUAAGUACUCCAACGAUAAUUUUUAG